AUGCAAUCUUCCAAAGCCGCUCUCCCCCAAUCUUUCAUUGCUAAGAAGAAGAAGAUCCUGGAUCAACUCUCUGUUCCAGCGUCAGAAUACGAUGAUCUGUCACCCAAGGGCUCAAUCGAUGUAGGGAUCCGAGAUCUCAUUGAUGAGAUCAAUCAGAUUGAAGGAUGUGUGACAACUAGUAGUUGUUCGGGACGAGUUAGUGUGUUUCUUGAGGGAAAAAGGCGGUUUGAAGAGGAGAGCCGUGCUGAGCCUGGGGAAAAGGAGGGGGAAGAUGGAAAAGUUGUGGAGGAUCAAAUGGACGUCUCCGGGGACGCAGGUGAAGUAAGAGAGACAACAGCUGGAGUCGGUGGGAAGGGAGGAGGUGGAAGAUGGCUGUACGUCUCUCAUACCGAAGUUGCGGUUGAUGAACAUGGGCAUGUUGGCGGUUUGGUAGGGCUUCUGGGAAUGGAGCCAUUGCACGACGAUCCACCACGUGAUGCCGCCAGGAGGUAUAUACAUUUCAAAUUUGAGCCUAUGAUUCUCCAUGUCCUCACGGCAUCUUUUGAACAUGCCCAAAUGGUUCUCUCCGCAGCUCUCCAAGCCGGGUUUCGAGAGAGUGGUGCUAUCAACCUGACGUCCUCUACUAAAGAGCCGCCGAGUCCAAUAGUCGCCGUCCGCUCGAUGGGCCUAGCAUUGGAAUCACUAGUUGGGUUCCACCAUGAUGGACGAGAGCUUUGUAGCGUUUCGGAAAAAGAUCUGAGAACGUUGCUGGAGAUUUCUAACGAACGAUUUCGGGUUAACAGUGAAAGAAUCAUGAGGUUUCAAGCACUGCUGAGACAACUGACGUCUGCUGGCGCAGCGUCGAAGCGGAGGGGGGAUGGAGAGGAAUGGGAGGACCCUCAGGUGAGGAGGGAGAGGAAGAAAGCAGAGGGGUUGAGGAGAAAGCAGCUGUUAAAAGAAACAGGAGGUCCUCCUCCCAAAGACCCGGAAGAUAUAUCUGGUCUAGAAUUCCUCGAGUAA